AACAAACAAACAACAGGAAGCUGCUUCACUCUGACAACAAACAGGGUUUGUGUCUCCAUGGGGACAGGUGUGUGUGCCGUGCUGAGCGUGUGUGUCGGAGUGUGUGUGGCGUUUAACAUCGACACGUCGUUCCCGGUGCUGAAGACGGGCGAAGCUGGCAGUCUGUUCGGGUUCUCUGUGGCUCUGCACGAGGGCCUGAGGACAGGAGGUCACCUCAUGUUUGUCGGAGCUCCCAGGGCGAGGGCGGAGCCUAAUGUCCCAGCCAAUCGGACUGGAGGAGUGUACCGUUGUCCAGUCACUUCUGACCAAUCAGACUGCACGAGGAUGAUAGUGGUAUAUCCAGAAAUGAACCCGACUGAGGACCUGGUGGAAGACAUGUGGCUGGGCGUCUCAGUGUUCAGUCAGGGUCGACCCGGUGGAAAGGUUCUGGCCUGUGGUCAUCGGUUCAUUAAACUGUCCGGAGUGUUCAGGUACCAGCGGAUGAUUGGUCAGUGUUAUCUCAGAGGAAACGGCGACGACAACGACGACUUGAACUGGCAGAAAACAGAGCAGGCCUGCCACCACAAGGACAAUGAAGUUGUUGAGGGCAUGUGCAAUAUGGGAAUCUCCGCCUUCAUGAGCGAGACUGAAAUCAUCGUCGGCUCACCUGGAAGCUUCGAAUGGCAAGGAAACGUGCACGUCCUCAAGGAGAACUCGUACAUCGAGUCGUACUCGAAGCAGAGCCAGUUCAGCUCACUGCAGCGGAGGAACAUUUAUAUAGGAUACUCCGUGACUCAGGCUCGUCGUCUACUGUCUGCGGUUGAUGACACCAUAGUAACAGGAGCUCCCCGGGACAGUAAAGACGACGCUCGUGGCUCUGUUCUGUUGGCCGUCCAACAGUCCAAGGAUCUGGUGAUCAAGCAGACUCUGCGGGGUCAGCAGGUGGGCUCGUACUUUGGUAACGCGGUGGUAACCCUCGAUCUGGACAAUGACGGCUGGAAUGACCUGCUGGUGAGCGCUCCGUUUUACUUCAGCCACCAGCCAGAGGCAGGGGGUGCAGUCUACGUCUUUAUGAACGCUGGAGGGAAGCUGGACUCUGAACCCAGCAUGGUUCUGACGGGCCCUGCUGGUUCUGCUUUUGGAAUGGCAGUGACCGCUGCCGGAGACCUCAACCAGGAUGGGUUCCAGGACUUUGCAGUGGGAGCUCCUUUCCAUGACACAGGAAGUGUGAUGAUCUGGACCGGGAGCAGCAAGGGGGUCUCUACAGAACCGAGCCAGGUGAUCUGGGGCAGCAGUGUGUUUCCUGGAUUCAGGACCUUUGGCUACUCUCUGUCUGCUGGUCUGGAUGUUGAUGGGAACAAAUAUCCAGACCUGCUGGUUGGAUCUCUGGAUGACACUGUUGCUCUCCUCAGAUCCCGUCCAGUCGUUCAUCUGAACAAGACUCUCAGGGUUUCUCCAGGUAUCGUUGACCCAAACAGCUGUGACUUCUGUAUCCAGGUGCAGGUGUGUUUCUCCUACAUGUUCAGCGUUGGAAAGAAGAGCAAAAAUGACAACAUCACCGUCCACUUCACCGUGACCGCUGAUGUCACCAGCCUCAAGCCCCGCCUCUAUUUCCAUGACCAGGGAAACACUGUGUACUCCAGUUUCCUGUCGUUGCCCAAAAGGAAGUGUGAAACUCUGAGAGUGGGAAUUCAGAGAGCCAUCCAGAACAAAGUGGAACCUCUGGUGUUCUCCCUGAACGCGUCGCUGUGGGAGAAGCUGCCGGAGAAACGAGACGACGUUCAAGACCUGAGACACCUCCCUGUUCUCAACCGGACUCCACGGCCCGUCAGAACCCAGAUCCACAUCCAGAAGGCCUGUGGUUCUGAUAACCGCUGUCAUAGUAACCUUCAGAUGUCGGCCCGGUUCAUGGAUGAGAACCAGAAACCGUUUAGCAGGCUGAACGGGGACCCGGUCUUGGACUACAGCAGCACGGUCCGGUGGUUACUUCUGGAAGUGAACGUCACCAACACACAAUCAGAGGAGCGGCUCGCUGAGGACGCUCACAACACCGUUUUAAACAUCAGCGUCCCACCAGAGCUGACGUUCUCCAGAGUCACACCAAAGGCUGACGGUUCAGCAGUGGAAUGUUCUGUUGAAGACUCUUUUCUUCUCUGCCAGCUGGGGAACCCUUUCAGGAGCAAACAGAAGGAUCGACUUUUGAUCAAGUUUCAGCCAUCAAACAACAUUCUGGACUCCAAGGAGAUCCGGUCUCAGCUGCAGCUGUCCACGCUCAGCGAACAGUCCGACCUGUCUCCGGUUUCUGUGUCCCUGCUGGUGGAACAUGUCCUGCAGGCGUCUCUGGUUCUAAUCAGACCUCCUGAUCCAGUCUUCUUCGGUGGUUAUGUGAUUGGUGAGAAAGCCAUGAAGAAGACGGAGGACAUUGGCAGUCUGGUGGUCUUCACCCUCAAGGUACACUCUGACAGGAAGUCCCUGGGUCACGUUGGCAACCUGGAAGUGGAAUUUGAUUGGCCGAAGGAGGUGACCAAUGGGAAGUGGCUGCUGUAUCUCACAGAGAUCCAGUUCGACGACGUCUCCAAUCCUCGCUGCAAUCAAACCCAGAUCAAUUCCCUCAACCUCCUGACAUCUAACAAGGAGGAGAAGAGGAGGAGGAGGAGCCUGAUGGAGGAGGAGGAGAAACAGGAAGGAAGACCACUUCCUGUCUUCAGAACGCAGGGACAGAAGAAGUCCUACAAACUGAGCUGCAGCAGCGGGGCUACAUGUGUGAAGGUCUCCUGUCCUCUGCUGAACUACAGUUCUGUGACUCUGACGGUCAGGAGCCGGCUGUGGAACUCCACCAUGAUCGAGGACUAYAGAGAUGCCAGGAGUGUGUUGGUUCAAGUCCAGGCCUCUUUAAAGCUCAAGACCAACAAGUCCAACAUGGAGAGGAAGUCCACCCCCUCGCAGAUCGAGGUCCACAUUUACCCAGACUCUGCGUUCCAGAUGAGCUCCGGUGUCCCCCUAUGGAUCAUUGUGGUGUCGGUCCUGGCGGGGGUCCUGCUGCUGGCUCUGAUCUGCCUGCUGCUCUGGAAGUGUCGCUUCUUCGUGCAUCAGGGGGCGUGGCAGACGGCAGUGCUCCACGAGGGGAGGAUUCUGGGUAAAAACGAGCGGCGGCGGCACGUGGACGACAACGGCUUUCUCAUCCAGGACCAGGMGUCUUUGUCCCGAAAACACUGGGUCACCGUUUGGACCGAGACUCACUGAGAGACUUUCUGUAUCUGUGGAAACUCAAACCGGACCGGACCAAAACCCUCUCACCUGUUCGCUCCCAGGUUAGCRGUCGAGUGUUUUCAGUACAUUCCAGCGGACUGAUCGGUUAGUGAUCUCAAACUGAGAAACAGGAAGUGUUUUAAUUUGAAAGGCUACAACACAAAAGAGCAGGAUGCUCCUUUUAGGACCAAACACGGCAGCAGGMAGGUGUUUGUCGGUUGUGCUGCCUUCAUUAAAACUUUGUGUUGCAUUCAGGUGUUGUCAGAGCCAGUGUUWCUGUAGCUGUGUGUGUAAAGUUGUGAUAAACUGACAGCACUUGAACGCAGCAUCAGUCUGUGUCGAGUCUUUAUUGCAGUUUUUAUGUGGUUUGUGAUAAACUGUUUCCUGUCUGCUGAUAUUAAAGUAUUAUUUUUAUAAUGUA